CAGCCCAAGUCAAUAUUCUCAGAUAUAAUACUACCUACCAGAAUACUCAUGCAUCUGCCCAAUCCAAUAAGAUUUCUAGUAAUAAAAAACAAUCUAAACUUACACUAAUCAAUACCACUAAUACAAACAUGCAGGUACCAGAAUCUCCAUCAACU